GGGAGUUCUCCUGGCUCCCAGUAGGAGGCGGAGAGCCAAGGGGCGUGCGAGAGCGAGGGGGCUGGGCUCCCGGGUGGCUGGAGGCUGCGGAGCGGAGCGGAGAGGCCGCCUCGAUCCGGGCGAUGGAGGAGGAAACCAGCGAGGGCGCAGGUUCCUAACGCUUCGCGAUUCCUGGGCGGCCUUCCGGGCUCUCGGCAUUUACCGGGUCGCAUGAGCCCUUCGGCCGGAGCUGGUUCUUUUGCCAGCCGCCGGGAGGCCGGUUGAGUUACCGGGGAAUCCGGCUUGCCAGCCUCCUCUUCCCGACCUAUGAUACAAAAGAUCUUCCGGGGGCUGCACCUGCCUGCCUGUCGCCUGAGACGGAUUUGAAUCUCUUUCUCUCUCUUCAGAACCUUAUUUUGGCUUUGGAUCUUAGAAGAGAACCACUAAGCAGAGACCAGAUUCUGUGAGUGAAGCAGGUGUUUUGGACAAUGGACUGGUUGAGCCCAUCUCUAUUAUAAAAAAAAAAAAAAUGUCUCAGAGCAACCGUGAGCUGGUGGUUGACUUUCUCUCCUACAAGCUUUCCCAGAAAGGAUACAGCUGGAGUCAGUUUAGCGAUGUGGAAGAGAGCAGGACUGAGGACCCAGAAGGAACUGAAUCGGAGAUGGAGACCCCCAGUGCUAUCAAUGGCAACCCAUCCUGGCACCUGGCGGACAGCCCCGCGGUGGUGAAUGGAGCCACGGGUCACAGCAGCAGUUCGGAAGCCCGGGAAGUGAUUCCCAUGGCAGCUGUGAAGCAAGCGCUGAGGGAGGCAGGCGAUGAGUUUGAACUGCGGUAUCGACGGGCAUUCAGUGACCUGACAUCCCAGCUCCAUAUUACCCCGGGGACAGCGUAUCAGAGCUUUGAGCAGGUAGUGAACGAACUCUUCCGGGAUGGGGUAAACUGGGGUCGAAUUGUGGCCUUUUUCUCCUUCGGCGGGGCACUGUGUGUGGAAAGCGUAGACAAGGAGAUGCAGGUAUUGGUGAGUCGGAUCGCAAGUUGGAUGGCCACUUACCUGAAUGACCACCUAGAGCCUUGGAUCCAGGAGCACGGCGGCUGGGACACUUUUGUGGAACUCUACGGGAACAAUGCAGCAGCUGAGAGUCGGAAGGGCCAGGAGCGCUUCAACCGCUGGUUCCUGACGGGCAUGACUGUGGCCGGUGUGGUUCUGCUGGGCUCGCUCUUCAGUCGGAAAUGACCAGACACUGACCGCUCACUCACCCUCCUGCCCCUGCCACAUUCCUCCCUCUUGCCACCAUCACCACCAGGAGAACCACUACAUGUCCCCCACCCCACCCCACCCAUCACAGGGUUGGGUCUAGACCUGGUCCCCUGCAGUUAGUUUUCUAGAAUCUACCACGCUUCUGUGAGAGACACCUUCCCCCACACCUCAAUUCUCUUGGCCUCAAAAACCACAAAGUUUUCCCCAAAUCUGCCCCGUGGAGGCCGGCAGGAGUGGGGUGGAGGAGGGUAGGGGUCAGGAGGGCCCUGCCUCAUCGGUAGAACCUGUAUUACCCCCUAGCUUCCUGAGAAUGCCUUCUCGGCAGGGAGCUGGGAAGUUUUCUGAACCUCUUCCCCCAGAAAGAGAGACUAGGUUGCCUUUGUUUUGAUGUUUGUGGCCUCAGAAUUGACCAUUUCCCAUUCCCCUGUGGGCCUGGCCCCCACUUCCUUCCAUCUCCACCCCCAGGAGCCUUUUGAGGCCACUUUUAACUAAUUAGGCAUUCAGGCUACUUGGGAUGGAAGAGCAAGGACCAGGACUUCCUCCCGCCUCUGGCCUCGCCAAAGUCCCCGACUCCCAGUCUGAAUGUUCUCCAGAGGCCUCUCAGCCUUGAGGCCAGCCCCACCCCGAGGGAAGGGAUGCUAGCUGCAGGAAGCAACUAUGCUAAAGCUACGGUGGCCCUUGCGGUCGCAGUACCACCCAAGUCCCUUCCCCACCCACCCCUGGCUCCCAUCACCAUGACUGAGGGACCAACUGGGCCCAAGACAGGUGUCCCAGAGCUGUUUAUGGCUCCAGCUGCCUCACUUCCUGCAAGACCAGCCUGUGGCAUCUUUGUCUUGGGUUGCUGCCCAUAGGAACCGGGGCUCAGGGGCCUCAGGCCAGAAGUGAAGGGGAGCUACAGGGAGCAGCUGUGGGAGGCCUGGGGUCUUCCCUACCUCAGGCAGGGAGAGCCUGCUACCCAGAGUGGCAGGGAUGGUGG